UGGCUGGAGUGGAGAGCAAGCGAGCGCAAAAGGCAAGGCGAGGAGAGAAGCGGGACCGAGGUUUUCUCCAGCGCCGGGCACAACAGGGCGGGGAGGGGCGGGGUGGGGGUCGCAAGGACUUCUUCCCUCCGGACCCACCUUUCCCGGGAAGCCGCCGGACGGAGCCCUCCCUCGCCCGCGAUUCCCCCACCCCGGCGAAGCCUUCCGAUGCCUUUGUUCUAAUGCCAUCUGCCUGUACUCGGCUAGCUGUACCUUGAAUUUACUACAAUCUGCCUGUCUCCUCUGCUUUGAGCCAGCUGGGAAUUGAGCAAGCCAGCUCUUAGCCCAGGAAGAGCCAUGCCUCUGGAAGACGAUGAGCUCAGCUGGAAAAAACAAGCGGAAGACAUCCGGGAAAUCUAUGAAUUUCGGGAGGUGCUGGGCACAGGGGCCUUCUCGGAAGUGGUGCUGGCGGAAGAGAAAUCGACUCAGAAAUUGGUGGCCAUCAAAUGCAUUGCCAAGAAGGUGCUAGAAGGAAAAGAGACCAGCAUUGAAAACGAGAUUGCCGUGCUUCACAAAAUCAAGCAUCCGAACAUAGUGGCCCUGGAUGACAUCUACGAGAGUGGAGGACACCUCUACCUCAUCAUGCAGCUGGUUUCCGGCGGGGAACUUUUCGACAGGAUAGUGGAGAAGGGAUUUUACACAGAGCGAGAUGCCAGCAAGCUGAUCUGCCAAAUCCUUGAUGCCGUUAAAUACCUGCAUGACAUGGGCAUUGUGCACCGUGACCUCAAGCCUGAGAACCUGCUGUAUUACAGCCUGGAUGAGGACUCCAAGAUCAUGAUUAGUGACUUUGGGCUGUCGAAGAUUGAAGGCUCUGGCAGUGUCAUGUCCACAGCCUGUGGAACUCCUGGCUAUGUGGCUCCCGAAGUCUUGGCACAGAAGCCUUACAGCAAGGCUGUGGACUGCUGGUCUAUUGGAGUCAUUGCCUACAUCUUAUUGUGUGGGUAUCCCCCAUUUUACGACGAGAACGAUACCAAGCUGUUUGAACAGAUCUUGAAGGCUGAAUAUGAAUUUGAUUCUCCCUACUGGGAUGACAUAUCGGAUUCAGCCAAAGAUUUCAUCCAGCAUUUAAUGGAGAGAGACCCCAAAAAACGAUUCACUUGCGAGCAAGCCCUACAACACCCAUGGAUUGCUGGAGACACCGCGCUAGAUAAGAACAUCCAUCAGUCAGUCAGUGAGCAGAUCAAAAAGAAUUUUGCCAAAAGCAAAUGGAAGCAAGCCUUCAACGCAACAGCUGUGGUGAGGCAUAUGAGGAAGCUACAACUUGGAACCAGUCAAGAGGGGCCUGGCCAAGCCAUGCAGGAGAGCAACGGCUCGGCUACUAAUAGCAGUGAGGAAUCCUUGGGGAAUGGCUCUCACUGCCAAACUCAGGACUGAACAUUCACCAAAGGACAGAGGAACUAGAUGGCAGAGCCAGCAGCAAUCAUAACUGAAUGGGCAGCCCCAAGCCCUGUUGUAAGAGCUAGGGAAGGGUCUGGGACCAUCAUCCCAUCUUCCCAGCAAAGUACAGCUGAGUCCCACUGUAGGGGAAUGGAACCUGUCCCCUAUUAAUCGGCAUCCUCCAGAAUCUGGAAGUGGAGGCUAGUAUUUUCCGAGUCCCACACUUCCCUGGAAAUGCUUUAUUCUCUCCCGUUCCACUCCCCACCCCAACGCCCCUGUUGGUCGCACCAAAGACCCCUCCUGUCCCUCCCCCUAUGCUCAUUCUUUCAUCUGAAGACAGCAACGAUGCCACCAUCCUCUUUGGCCCAUCAUGUGAGUGGCUUAAGUCUUGGAAGGAAAUAUUCAAGACCCCUCUGGCUUUCUGCAGCAGCCGCUCAAGUGGGAGUUUGCUCUCCAGCUGCGCACACCAUCACAUCGCUUUGAAGAAACCAGCCCUUGCUUCUCCCACACGAUCCAACCAAGCUGACCCAAGGAAUGAGGACGUAAAUACACUGUAGCUGGCCCUUGGCUCAGCUGCGUGCAGUGUUGGAGAAUGAAGGUUGUUUGUUUGCAGAGAGAAGUGUGCGGUAGCUUGUAGCUUUCCACCUAUCUGUGAUCUAUUGAAGUUUCUAAAGGAGAAACAGUCAAAUAUAGGAGCUAGACAGUGGUGGGAUUCAAGUAAUUUAACAACCGGUUCUCUGCUCUAAUGAUUUCUUCCAACAACCAGUUUGCCAAACUGCUCAGAAAGUUAACAACCGGUUCUCCCGAAGUGGUGCAAACUGGCUGAAUCCCACCACUGGAGCUAGAGCAGCUUUCCUAUUGUCCUCUAGAGGCGAGAGAGGCCACGGCUCUCCUGAACAGCAUCUACGGAGAUUCUCUCAACCAUCCAGGACAUGGUUGUCCCAAAGGUGUUUUUGUUUUUGUUUUUCAAAAGGCAACUGGGCUUUCUUGAAAACGUUUUGCUUCUCAUCCAAGAAGCUUCUUCAGCUUCAGAGAAGCGAAACAUUUUCAAGGGAAAAAAACCCCCAAGAAAGUCCAGUUGCCUUUCAGAAAAGCACCUUUGGGAUAUUCUGAGCGAUGGUUUAUGGGAUUUGAUUUCUUAGUAGGCUAAAGUAGACUGAGCAGUAGCAAUAGCACUCAAGACUUAUACACCGCUUCCCAGUGCUUCUACAGCCCCCUCUAAGCAGAUUACAGAGUCAGCCUAUUGCCCCCCAACAAUCUCGGUCCUCAUUUUACCCACCUCAGAAGGAUGGAAGGCUGAGUCAACCUUGAGGCUGGUGAGAUUCGAACUGCCAAAUUGCAGGCAGCCGGCAGGCAGCAGAAGUAGCCUGCAGUACUGCACUCAGCACUGCGCCACCGUUGCUUCAGCAAUAGUGAAGGGUCACGGCUUCCUUGGCACCAGCCGUGCCUCCUCCAAUGUCGUUUUGCCAACUCUGGAAAAAGACUGGUGAUGUUUUAAGAGUGGUCAUUUUGCUGUCCUCUUACACAGUUAUCGAAACGAGAGAAAAAUUGUAACAGUUUUUACAGGUGGUACCAGUACAAAGUGGGGGGAAAGGCAGCGGGGAUCCGAUCUUUUCUAUACUCCCUAGCAGUUGUAAAAUUAUCGUUAAUAUUUUGUGGCUAGGAGAGGGAGGGUGAGGUUUAAAGUAAGAAUAAACUCAUAAAAUUCAUGUAUG